CACACACACACCGCAGCAGCCAGUCAGUAGGGUUUCUUCGACAGCGUAUCCAGCCCACAUUCACCAUCUCGGUUAGACUCAUUUCCUCUGGGUCUGUCAGCGUGUCCUCGCGGGUUGUUUCGAGGGACUUGGGACCUCUUUGAUUUUUCACUAUCGGGUUUUUAAUCAGAGAUCCCCUUCAGACCUCCAGGAAGGGGAUCAGACUGCUGCCAAGUCCAGCACCGCGGUGAGCUGCUUCUCAUGUCAGUCCUGUGUGGUCCUGUGUGUUUACGCAGCUGUAUGGAGACCAGGAUCCCUCUGUGACCCAACCAGAACGCUCAACACCAUGGCUGCCGCUCUCACCAUGCUCUUGUUUUUCCUCCACAUCUUUUCUGCUUCUGCGCUGGAAUCAGCCUCCCAUCAAGUCCUCCCCCAGAGACCCCCACACCUCACUGGGUGCUUCUCUGCCAACAUGGAGACUUUCCGCUGCAGAUGGAAUGUGGGAACUUUCCAGAACCUCUCGGAGCCAGGAGAUUUACGCUUAUUGUACAUCAAGAAAGACAAACCUCCCCAAACAUCCCGUAACGAGUGGAGUGAAUGUCCUCACUACAGCACUGACAGGCCAAACGAGUGCUUCUUCAACGAACACCACACAUCAAUCUGGACCUAUUACAGCGUGCAGCUCCGCUCCAGGGAUCAAGAAAUCCUCUAUGAUGAGAAAUUCUUCGAUGUUCAAGACAUCGUGCAACCAGAUCCUCCAGUGAGCCUGAUCUGGACCCAGCUGAAUAUGAGUUUUACCGGCAUAUACUAUGACAUCAUGGUGAGCUGGAGGCCUCCUCAGUCUGCAGAUGUGGAGAUGGGAUGGAUGAUCCUGCAGUAUGAGGUCCAGUACCGUGAUGUCAGCUCGGACCAGUGGGAAGUGAUCGAAUCUGUGAAAGGCAAACAUUGCUCUGUUUACGGGCUUAAAACAAACGUCAACCACGAAGUUCGGGUCCGGUGCAAAAUGCUCAGCGGGAAGGAGUUCGGAGAAUUUAGUGACUCUGUUUUCGUCCACAUACCAUCUAAAGUGUCGAACUUCCCAGUGGUGGCCUUGCUCAUCUUCGGUGCCCUGUGUUUAGUGGCUAUCCUGAUGUUGGUCAUCAUAUUGCAGCAAGAAAAGUUGAUGGUUAUUCUCUUGCCUCCUGUUCCUGGACCUAAAAUAAGAGGAAUUGACCCUGAGCUACUGAAGAAAGGGAAGUUGAGGGAGUUGACAUCCAUCCUGGGCGGCCCCUCUGAUCUGAGGCCGGAGCUGUACAACAACGACCCCUGGGUGGAAUUCAUUGAUCUAGACAUCGAGGAGCAGAGCGACAGACUGACAGACCUGGACACGGACUGUCUCAUGCAAUCCUGCUUGUCUUCAAACAGCCCUCCCCUCACCAUCAGCUUCAGAGACGAUGACUCGGGCAGGGCCAGCUGCUGUGACCCAGACCUCCCCAGCGACCUGGAAGCAUCACCUUUCCAUCCUCUCAUCCUAAAUCAAUCCCUCAGCAAAGAAGAUUCACUCCACGGGAUCUCUGAGCCAAGCUCUCAGGUCCACAGCCCCACCACCGGACAGCCUCCUUUUGAAACACCUGGCAGAGAAGCUUUGUACACCCAGGUGAGUGAGGUAAGAUCGUCUGGCAGUGUGCUGCUGUCACCUGAGGAGCCAAGUGAGGUGGAGGAAACCGUUAACAAAGACACAAAGGAAGAUAUCAAGGCAGAGAAAGAAAAGAAGGAGUUUCAGCUCAUUGUGGUGAAUCCAGAUCAUCAAGGUUACACUUCAGAGCUCAACGCAGGAAAAACAAGCCCGGGAUGGUCACCAGGAGAUAUGUGUGAACCCUGUGAGGCAGGGGGAGACUCGAGCUGUUCAAUGUCCCCGUCUCCUCACCACGAAACAGACACUACACCCACAAGUCCUCUUCCCCUUGCUCCUGUCUACACCAUGGUGGAGCGUGUUGACAUGCAGAACAGCCUCCUACUGACACCCAAUUCAACACCAGCCCCCCAGCUGAUAAUCCCAAAGACCAUGCCGACACCAGACGGCUAUCUGACCCCUGACCUUUUGGGAAGCAUCACGCCAUAAACAUCAGGGAACUGUGCAGAAGUAAAACCGUUCAAUCAAAGGCAGAGAUACGCUUGGGCACAGCUUUGGAGAUUGACUUUUCAAAAUGUCAGCUCUCCUAAAAUAGUUGAGGACUAUCUGUGCCUGUCCUGCCGCCACCUCUACCUCCUCUGGCCUCCCGCUGCUUUCUUUGACAGGGCCAUAAAGCUGACACUGCUGGAAGUUUGGCAUGAAGGAGGAAGAGGACACAGGAAUGUGUUUUAUUGCAGUUGUGAAAAGGGAACUGUUCCAUUAGAAAACACACAAACUGGGAUUGGGAUUACUGAACCAGUCCUGAACACAGGACAGUAAGACUCACUAUUAAAACUGUACUUGUUUGAGCUGAGUUGGCCACUUCUCAGUCAAAACACAGCAAACAAUUACCGAUGCAUAGGAAUGAUAAAGAAGAACUAUCAUUUAGUUAAAGCUGUUUUUCAGUUGAACUAAUAAGUCUAAUAUUGACCCACCGUCAAGUUCAACAAGGUAUAAACACCUGAGACAAUAUCUGGGUCUCCAGCUGCUACAUUUUCUGAUUUCCACACCAGCUAAAAAUAUUUUCUGUCUAGCAAGCAAAGAGUUGCUCAUUCUUUCUACUUGUAUAAGUGGGUGUUAUCACAGUGGCUAAUACCUCUGCAGAACAGAAGAGUGCAUGGUGGUAGUUGUGGCAAAGUUAUCAUGAAAAUAUAAAACUGGGGUUUAAAGUCCGAGCACAUUGAGAUAUAAAGUCAAAGCUUUAUUCUGACAUUUUAUAUCAUUGAAAAGCGCCUUUGUUUUAAAAAUUUGUUUGAAUGUAAAUAGAAAAUAAAAAUAAAAAAGCAUAUAACCAUAUUAGUUAUUCGCACUUGUGAAUGCGAUAUUUCAACGUUUUACCUGUGAAAUGAUGUUAACAUCAGCGAAUAUUUCUUUUUCUUACGUCUCAGUCUUAAAAGGAUUCAUACAUCAUGUUGUCACCAAAGGAAAAACUUGUUGUUUGUAGCAUGAUCAACUCGAGAAUACAAAAUCUGACACCAUGCUUGUGUAAUUACCAUCGACUUUUCCUGUGUUUUAAAUUGUGACAUUUUUGGGGGUUUUGUUGGUCAGUCUUUUGCUUUUGAGUUCAUGGGCUAUAAAAUAUUGUAUUUUUUAUCAAGUUUUGUGCAUUAAAUGCAAGUAAAACGUUGGGGCUACAUGGUCAUCAGUGUUAAAUUUGUACAAUUAUGAAUUUUAAGGUGCCUGUUAUGCAGUUGUAAAUAAAAAGCUCUUAUACUUUUG